AUUAUUCAUUUCUUCUUCGUCUUCUUCUUCUUUCUCAAAUUAGCUUUUCUUUAUCGUCUUCCUCAAGCGUGAGAUUCGUUGUGGAUAUAGUUUUUCUCCUUGAUUCUCUGGUUCUUUCCAUGAUCCAAUUUUAAGGGUUUCACGGCUUCGUUUUUUUGGGUAUAUCUAGCUCUAUCGUUCGUGGUGGUUUUCUUUCUGGAUCAAAGUUUUCUGAGAUCUCUGCGAUUUCUGGGAUUCGAAAAUUGGAGAAUUAGGGCUUUUUUACGGUAACAGGGUUUCGAAGAGCAUAAGAUAAGAAUGCCUUCGGUGCCCUCUAAGCUUCUUCCUCUCCUGUCUUUGAUUCCUUCGUUGACUCCUUAUCAUUCUGGUUUGAGUUCUAAUCGUUUGAAACCUCUUGAAAAGUGUGAUUGGCGUGGUAAUCUUAGUUAACAUUUCCUUUCCUUCUUCUCUCCUUUUUACCCUUUCUUCUCUCGCCCUCGUUUACUUCUUGAGAUUUUCUUAGCUCGAUUUGAUCUUUGGUGCUUUAACUUCUGGCGGUGUUUGAUUUGCAGCACAAAAAGUUACUACUACUACUGUGAUUACCUUGUACUGUUAGUUGGAUAUGAGCUCUGUUUGUGGUAAGUUGGAUUUCAAAGAUGCAGACUUUGACAUCUCUACUUCGAGUCCCACACAAUGUUCUAAAGGCUCGGAGCAUACCUCGUUUACUGGCUCUGAAGAUUCUCAGGAGUCUGAUGGAGAUGAAACUGGUUAUAUAGACCCAACUGUGAAUGAUGAAACCGCUGUUCAGGAUUUCGGCAAAUCUGUUUUAAGUCCUAACUCUUCUGAUGAUGAAGACAAGGAUGAGAACCUUAUGACUCAGACACCAAUUGUUCUUAUCCCAGCCAUAAAAGGCAGUCGAGAGAAGUAUGGCUUGUCACUGAGGAAGUCGAGUGUUUCAUGGGGGGCUGAUGUGUAUGAUCCUCCUCCCUCGAUAGCCUCCCACACAGUCACAAGAAGCAAGAAACAGCAGCAGAAAUCCAAGAGCAAAGACAACCACAGGAAGACUGGAAAGAAAGGACAGAAGUCUAAAGACAACUCUUCCUCACGUGGUGGCAGCAGCAAAGACAAGAAGCAAGCUUCUCGCAAACACAGUCGAGACAAAUUUGAUUGGGUAACUCAGAUGCCUAUAGUUGCAGCAUCUUCAUGAAUGAGUGGCUGCUAGUAACCAAGCACAUUUUCAGUUUGGCUUCCUCUUGUAUGAUAAAUAAUCAAAUCUCUGUGUGUGAUUCAUGUUGAGUUUCGUAACUUUUCAGUUUUUUUUUUUAUGGGUAAUGGAUGAUCCUUGACACUAUUGUGAAGAUUUUGUUGAAGUUUGUUACUUUUUUCUUUUUGGUUCCAGUUUUCACUUUUGAGAAUAAGUCAAUGGAACUUUAUUGUUGAAACGUUGUCCGCUUAUUUGAACCAAAUUCAGUUUAU